GUGGCGAGGAGGCAGCCGAGAAGCCAAGUCCCGCAGCCCAGCAUGGCUUCGGGGGACCUUUACGAGGUUGAGAGGAUUGUUGACAAAAGGAAGAACAAAAAGGGCAAAUGGGAAUAUCUUAUCAGAUGGAAAGGCUAUGGAAGCAAUGAGGACACAUGGGAACCUGAGCAUCACCUAUUGCAUUGUGAGGAAUUUAUUGAUGAGUUCAACGGACUACGUGUCACUAGAGAAAAGCGAGCAAAACAUGGGAAACAGACCAGUGCGCCAAAAUUUUUACGAGAAAGCCGAGGGUCAUCUGUUGAGAAAAUAUCACACAGACCUUCUGAAUCUGGGAAGGCCAAAGGGUCAACACAUAAAAGAAAGCGAAUUAACCCAUCUCUUCAAAAACAGAAAAGAGGGUACACAGCAAAGCCGGCACCUGCUGGUGACAGGGCCGCUAAAACUGUGACUUACCGAACUACCCCCAGUGGUUUACAGAUCAUGCCAUUGAAAAAGCCUCACAAUGGCCUACAGAACGGAGAUGCUGGUCACGAGAAAGAUUCUAGACAUUUUGGGAAUGGCUCACAACAGCAAAACAUGGAUUUAAAUGGCCACGAAGGAGAACAUGAUUUGCCCAGCAUGUUGGAAGUUAAUAAUGAUGUGCCUGUUGUGAAUGGAAUCGGUUCCUCUCUGGCCAAUGGAGGCCUGAAUCUGCACAGCAAUGUGAAAAGGAAACUGGAUGGGGAGAAAGAUUAUGUCUUUGAUAAGAGACUAAGGUACAGCGUGCGUCAAAAUGAAAGUAACUGUCGGUUCAGGGACAUUGUGGUCCGGAAAGAAGAUGGUUUCACACACAUUCUGCUCUCCAGCCAGACUUCAGAUAACAAUGCACUGACCCCAGAGAUCAUGAAGGAAGUUCGGAGAGCACUGUGCAAUGCAUCAGCUGAUGACAGUAAACUCUUACUUCUCAGCGCAGUGGGAAGUGUAUUCUGUAGUGGCCUAGAUUACUCAUAUUUAAUUGGCAGGUUAUCCAAUGACAGAAGAAAAGAAAGCACUAGGAUUGCAGAAGCUAUAAGGGAUUUUGUAAAAGCUUUUAUUCAAUUUAAGAAGCCAAUUGUAGUUGCUAUCAAUGGCCCAGCUCUUGGGUUGGGAGCUUCUAUCUUACCACUGUGUGAUAUCGUUUGGGCAAGCGAGAAGGCUUGGUUUCAGACCCCAUAUGCGACGAUCCGACUCACUCCAGCUGGCUGCUCAUCGUAUACAUUCCCACAAAUACUGGGUGUUGCUCUGGCAAAUGAAAUGUUGUUCUGCGGGAGAAAGCUAACAGCACAGGAAGCCUGCAGCAGAGGACUUGUGUCACAAGUAUUUUGGCCAACAACAUUCAGUCAAGAAGUGAUGCUGCGAGUAAAGGAAAUGGCAUCUUGCAGCGCAGUGGUAUUAGAAGAGUCUAAAUGUCUGGUGCGGAGCUUCCUGAAAUCUGGACUUGAAGAUGUGAAUGAAAAAGAGUGUCAGAUGUUAAAACAGCUGUGGAGUUCUUCCAAAGGACUGGAUUCAUUAUUCAGCUACUUGCAAGACAAAAUCUAUGAAGUCUGA